AUGGGUAUUGUCAUGGAAAGCUCAGAGGUUAACUUGGUCGGUGCCAAUUGUCUCAGUAUUGAGCCAGAAUUGUUUGGAACGAUGAGUGCUCCCAGCGAAUACUAUGAAACCCUCCACACCAUCGCAAUAAAUACCAGAGGAACAGAAUUCGGAAGCUAUGUGGAGCCCAUACCGAUUACGCUCAAAGCGUAUAAGCACAUACCGACUCUCACUCCUACAAACGGUUACGGUUUCCCUCACUCGGUCAUAACUCCGUUGCAUCCUGUUCCCCGGGUAGAGCCAGAGAGGGCUACGACGUCUGUUAUCAUACAGAGUCCUGUCAAAGAGGAUAAACCUAAAGUGGCAAGGCCACCUAAAAAGAAGUGGAUAAAGGAGUAUUUAGGUAAGUUUACAUAG